AUGUUAGGUGCGAGCAGCAGCGAGGAGGAUGACGAUGAUUUUGGCGAUGAGCAUGAGAUUCCGAACUCGCUGUCGGCCGGCAAGAAGCGCUCGCUGUUGUCGGGCGCGGUCUCGCCGCGAAGCAACUCGCCGGCGCCGUCCGACUCGGUCUCGCAGACGAACUCGCUCAAAAGGAACAAUUCGAGCACGAUGAAUAAUCGAAGGAAAGACUCGGUGCAGAGUCAGACGCCGGCGCGAUCGCCGAUGAGAAUCAACACUCCAUCGCCGAUGCCUCAGGCUCGAACGAUUUCGUCGGUCUCGCGGCCAAUCAUGCAGAGCAGCCAGGAAAUCAGCGGCGAUGAGGAGUAUGAUGAGGAGGCGAAUCCGCAACAUCCAAGCGAUGAGCCCGCAUUGAGCAAGGAGGAGCAGGAGAGGAUACGAGCUGAGAAGGAGGAGGAGGAGCACAAGAAGAACCUGCAAAUGUAUGUAUUUCUGGCGCGAUGCAUCGCCUACCCGUUUAAUGGCCAACAGACGGGAGAUAUGGCUCGAAGGCAGCUGAAAGUGAAUAAGCAGGAAUUGUCGAGAAUUCGCGAGAGGUUUCAAUCGUUUCUCAAAGGCGACACAAAUAUUGCCGCCGAUGAAGCAUUCACGAAGGCGAUUCACAGCUAUUUCGAGGUUUUCCUCAAAUCGGAACGGGUUCAGAAGGUCGUGCACGCAGGCGGUUUCUCACAUCACGAUUUUCGAGAGGUGUUUCGGUUGAACAUUGAAAAACGAAUUAGGUCUCUUCCCGAUAUUGAAGGGCUUUCGAAGGACACGGUGCUGAACUCAUGGCUGGUGAAAUUCGACGCAAUCGUGAAGGGCGAUGAAUCGGAGCAGCAGCGUAAUGCGCGCGGUCGUGUGCGCAACGCUCAGAAUCAAGCCAACGCGGACGCGGUUCUCGGCAAAGAGCAGCUCUACGAUGUGUUUCAGCAGAUACUCGGCGUCAAAAAGUUUGAGCACCAAAUCAUUUUCAACGCUCUUCAACUCGACAAUCCCGACGAGCAAGCAGCGGCGAUUCGAAGAGAAUUCGCCACUAGAGAGGAAGCGUUGAAGGAUAUCAUGAAGAUGCGAAAAUUGAUGCCGAAAUUUGUUGUCAAGGACAUGGAGACGCUUUACAUGGACGAGGUGCGAAUGUCGAUCAAUCAGCUGAUUUCGAAUCUUGAGACUGUCCCGGUGACGACGCGGGGACAAACGGUCGGAAAGCGAAAAGACAAAAGCCGAUCUCGCAGUAUUGAGGAUUUGUCGCUGUUCAACAGCUUGAAGCGUCGCACGAGUUCCAGUAGCUUGAACAAGGCGGACAGCGAUGAUGGUGAGGUGACGCUCACCAAGUCCGAUGUCUCAUUGGCGCUUAGUAUGGAGGUGGUCGUCAUGGAAGUGCAAGGUUUGAAGUCAGUGCCGCCGAAUCGUAUCGUCUAUUGUACCAUGGAAGUUGACGGGCAUAAGCUUCAGACGGAUCACGCGGAAGCAUCGAAACCGAAGUGGGACACGCAGGGCGACUUCUCGACGAAGAACCCGCUGCCGGUUGUCAAGGUGAAACUCUAUUCGGAGGUCAAGAGUAUUGUGGCGUUCGAGGACAAGGAGCUCGGCAAGGUGAUCAUUCAACCAACGCCGAACUGCUCGCGAAGUCCCGAAUGGUACACGAUGACGUUGCCGAAGAACAGUCAAGAUCAGAAUCUCAAGAUUCGCAUCGCGAUUCGCGUUGAGAAGCCGCCGAAUUUGAAAUAUUGCGGGCAUUGCUAUUGCAUUGGGCGAAACGCGUGGAAAAAAUGGAAGAAGCGCUUCUUCUGUUUGGUUCAGGUGUCGCAAUACGCGUUCGCCGUGUGCAGUUUUCGGCAGAAGAAGGCGGAUCCGACGGAAUUCAUACAAUUGGAUGGAUUCACUAUUGAUUAUAUGCCAGAGCCAGAUCAAGAACUCGCCGCGCAAGGUGGAAAACACUUUUUCACGGCGAUCAAAGAAGGCGACGAGCUGAAAUUCGCCACCGAUGAUGAGAACGAGCGACACUUGUGGGUUCAGGCGCUCUACCGCGCCACCGGACAGGCCUACAAGCCGGUGCCGCCGAAGCAAUCGACGAUAGCGCCGAAAGCGCAAGGGUUCCAGGACAAGGCGAGCAAACACGGAAUGGACGCGCUGAUACAGGCGGACUCGAUCAAUUUCAAUCACGAUCACCUGUUCGCCGACAUUCAAAAGUUGACGCUCGAUUAUCGGAUCAGCGAGCCGAUUUGCUCGUUGGGAUGGUUCUCGCCGGGUCAGGCGUUUGUCUUGGAGGAGUAUUGUGGGCGGUACAUGGUUCGCGGCUGCUAUCGACACGUCACGCUUCUAUCGAAUCUUUUGGAUAAGGCUGAUGAGGGAUUGCUCAUUGAUCCGGCUCUCAUUCAUUAUUCGUUUGCCUUCUGCGCUAGUCACGUCCAUGGUAAUCGAUGCCUUCCUGAUCGUCAAGGGCCGGAAGGCGUUGGAACCGUGACGGUCGAGGAGAAGGAGAAGUUCCAGGAGAUCAAAGAACGCCUUCGUGUGCUUCUCGAGAAGCAAAUCACAAAUUUUAGGUAUUGUUUCCCGUUUGGACGGCCCGAAGGAGCCCUGAAAGGCACGUUGUCGUUGCUCGAACGGGUUCUAAUGAAGGAUGUGGUGUCGCCGGUGCCGCCGGAAGAAGUUCGCGCGGUGAUUCGGAAAUGUCUCGAGGAUGCGGCACUUGUGAACUACACGAGGAUUUGCAAUGAAGCGAAAAUUGAGCAACGAAUGGGCACCGAUGUGAGCCCACAGCAGCGAAUUGAGGAUAUGAUUCGAGUAACGGAGCUCUGCAUCGAUCUUCUCAAGGAGAACGAGGAGCAUCACGGCGAGGCGUUUGCUUGGUUUUCGGACCUAUUAUCGGACCAUUCGGAGAUAUUCUGGUCCCUUUAUUCGGUCGAUUUGGACUCGGCGCUCGACGUUCAACCGCAUGACAGUUGGGACUCGUUUCCGCUGUUUCAGAUGCUCAACGACUUUUUGCUGUCCGAACCAUCUCUCAAAGGCGGAAUAUUCCACAACAAGAUUGUCCAGCAGUUCCAGCCGCUCGUCGUACGCUACAUCGAUUUGAUGGAGCAUUCGAUUGCGCAGGCGAUCGAUAAGGGAUUCCAGAAGGAGAAGUGGGAGCAGAGGAAAGAGGGCUGCCCGACGUCGGAGGACAUUUACUGGAAGCUCGACGCGCUUCACAAGUUCGUCAUCGAGCUGAACUGGCCGGAAGAGGAGUUCCGCAAGUAUCUCAACUCGCGAAUGAAGGGUCUGACGUCGGAGAUGAUCUCGAAGGUGUCGAAUUGCACCUAUCAGCAGUUUGAUCAUUGGAUGCAGCGCGCGAAGAAAUCGACGGACUACAUGCUGCCGUCGGAGGUGUGCGUCAUGAUCAAUGUGAUGUUCAGCUCGAAGACGAGAGCGGUUCGGAUGGCUGUCGAUGGCGGCGAGUACAAAUAUCAAUCGAAGCUCGAUGAGACGCUCGAAACGAUGCUCAAAGACAUGGAGACGUGCAUUCAGGAGAAGCUGCUCGGCGUUUUGGAAAGUGUGCUCUCGAAAUUGGCGAGAUAUGACGAGGGAAACCCGAUUGGCGCUUUUCUCAAUAUUGCGCCAAAACCAACGUCGAUCUUUAAUAAGCUUAAAACGAUGACCGGCGACACGUCGGCUCAAGCUCAGCCUGCUGCGCGUCAACCGCUUACUGCUCAGCAGUCAUCGGGACAGAUUGGAAACUCGUACGUGACAUUCAUGCGCGGAUGCACGGAAUUGUUGCGGCAAGUGGUGAUCGAUGAGAUUUGGGUGAAUUGUCUUUUUGAGCAUUGGUAUGAUAAUCAGAUGAAGCUGAUUAAUGAAUGGCUCACGGAGAGGCUUCAGCAGUCGUUGAGCCCAACGCAAUUUAUCUCGCUUUCAAAUAUUGUCAAGAAAGUGUUCUCCGACUUUGAAUUGCAAGGAAUCGACGAGGAGCGUCUGAACAGUAAAGCGUAUCAGGCGAUCAGUCGACGAUUGCAGUUGGAGGAAUCGAAUUCGCAUAUUCAUGAUGUAACGUCGAAUGGAGCAUCGUCGAGCUCGUUGGUGUUCCCGACGUCGCUGGGCAAUGCGACGGCGGCGGUGUCGAACGUGUCGAGUAUGGUGGAAGGCGCCGGCGCGAAAAUGUUCUCGCUGUUCAAAUAA